AAAAGAUUUUUUUCUAAAAAAAAUUUCUCUGUUUCUGCAUCCUUAGAUUAUUUUCACCAUAUGCUUAAAAUCAUUUUUUUUGUAAAUUCCAAUUGCAGGUCCAAAUCAAUACGCGCAAAUUUUUCAAAGGAUACACAGAAGGAAGAACAUAUGAGAAUUUCUGGCCAGAGAUGCUGAAGCUCAAAGACUGGCCACCAUCUGACAAGUUCGAGGACCUAUUACCGCGACAUUGCGAUGAGUUUAUCAGUGCGCUCCCAUUCCAAGAGUAUACCGACCCUAGAGACGGAAUCCUUAAUGUUGGUGUCAAGUUGCCACAUGGGAUCAUAAAACCUGAUUUAGGUCCUAAGACCUACAUUGCAUAUGGUGUUUCAGAAGAACUCGGGAGAGGAGACUCCGUGACAAAGCUUCAUUGUGACAUGUCUGAUGCAAUAAAUAUAUUGACGCACACGGCAGAAGUACCCUUAAGCAAAGAACAAAAGUUUGCGAUUGAGAGAUUGAAGGAAAAACACCGAGCUCAAAAUGAGAGGGAACAUGUUGUAGGAGCAGAUCAUGUUUUGGAUCAUGAUGAUCACCAAAGAUUUUCAUUUGAGGGGUUUGGAGAUGGGAGUGGAAGUGCACUUUGGGAUAUAUUUAGAAGAGAGGAUGUACCUAAGCUGAACGAGUAUCUUGUAAAACACUCAAGAGAAUUUCGACACACUUACUGUUGUCCUGUCAAAAAGGUAAAACUCGAUCUCAUCAAAUCUUUUUCUUCCUCCCCAUGAUCAACAUUUUCUGAUUCCUUCCUUUUCUUGCAACCAAACAGGUCUUUCACCCUAUUCAUGACCAAUGCUUCUAUUUAACAUUCGAGCACAAGAGAAAACUCAAGGAAGAAUAUGGUUAGUGUUCAUAUCUCAUCAUUUUGAAGGUUGGGAAAAAAUAUUCAUUUCCAUGAAGAUCAAACUAAUGAUCAUCAAAUGCAGGAAUAGAGCCAUGGACAUUUGAGCAGAAGGUCGGAGAGGCCGUGUUCAUUCCUGCAGGUUGUCCUCAUCAAGUCAGAAAUCUCAAGGUAAGCCUAUCACUCUCUCAAGUUCUCUUCACUUUUUUAUUCACCGUGUUGUGCACCUGAUUGAUUGAUGACACUGUAAUAUGGGACCCGCACUCAGUCGUGUACGAAAGUCGCAGCAGACUUCAUUUCUCCCGAAAACAUCCAAGAGUGCUUCCGGCUCACAGAAGAAUUCAGGAAGCUGCCAAAUAACCACAAAAGCAGGGAAGACAAGCUUGAGGUACCCUAUCUGUCUUUCUUCUGCAAUCCUUCUUUUUCUAAAGAAAAAAAGGACACUUUA